CACGUGCCACCCAACCCAGGAACGCAUCGAGAAUGCAGUUACGUGCCACCACUGACCACUGCCCAUGGCGAUAAGGUUAUUGCCACGAGAGGGGAGAGCAGCUCGUCGUCUCCUGCAAUCCACCGGCGGCGCGCAUGGCCGCCUUGCUCCACGUAGCGGCUCUCCAGCCCCCUCACCCCACCCCAAAAACCCAUCAUCCAUGGACGCACAGCCGGGCCACCACGUCCAUCCUCUCGGCACCUGACGCAGCCCCGUCGAAGCGACGACGAGCCCCAGCUCGGCGGCUACACGCGGCCGGCAACGGCAGCGGCGUCGGCACGCCAGCCACGGACAGCACAAGCAGCAAGAAGCCGAGCCGCAAGGAGAAGCAGCGGCAGCAGCAGCGGGUGCGGGAGCGGGAGGAGCAGCAGCAGCUGCUGCUCCUGAAGGAGUCGCUCGUGGAGCCCGCCCGCGAGGAGGACGGCGGCGGCCGCGGCGACGACGAGCUGCCGCAGGUGGUGUUCGACCGCAUCCUCCGGCGGAUCCUGUUCACGGUGGGCGUCCCGAUGGCGUCGGGCGUGGCGCUCCUCAACGUGUACGACGCGCUCAAGCGCGGGGGCGGCGCGGAGGUGCCGUCGUGGGUGCAGCUGCUCACCAUCCUCCUCUCCUUCGGAACGUCGGCGCUCGGCAUCGCCUACGGGACGCUGUCGGCGAGCUGGGACCCGGAGAAAGAAGGCUCGCUGCUCGGCAUCGACGAGGCCCGGACCAACUGGCCGGAGCUGUGGAAGGAAGAGAUCGAGAAGGAUAACAAGUAGUAACUGUAAAUAGACUAGAUAUUUUCUCCACUGGAAAUAGCAGUACGCUUGUUGUCGACACUUGAUACUCGUACAGGCUACA